AUGACCCGCGUCCGCCCCAACCCAGCUCACCGCAGUGACACUGGGCAUUGUAUCGACUGCGGCUCGCGUACCAGGCACCACGACCACUGCAAGCUCCAUCCGAAGCUCCGCGGCAGCUCGGCGGCGGACCAAGGCCAACAGCUCAUGCUCCCUCACUUGCCGAGACUCGAGCCCGCCGUCGCCGCUGCCGACGCGGGUCCAGGACCAGACGACUACAACUGCGAUGCAGUCCAUGAAGGAGACGAUGAACUCGACGAGCCUGUCGGCUUCAAUCGCUCCGAUCUCAAGGCGCACCUCGAUGAGCACUGGCGGCGCGUCUCGGCGACACUUCCGAGGAUGUAUAGCACUCGUGUGGCCCAGUCGGCGACCUUGGACAAGACCAAGUGGUCCAACGACUCUUUCAUGCUCCCGAACGCGCUGCUCAAGGCAGGCGACGCGACGAUGCUCGACUUCCUCUUCUCCAACAUGCAAGUCUUUGUCUUGUGCCCAUUCUUGUUUUACGGCGAUGCCAUGCGCGAGUUCGAGCUGACAUGCGUUGCCUGCGGGGAGCAAGGAUGCCAUCUCAACGGCUGGAAUAUCUCGUGGCAAGUUGUCGUUGGCUUGGAGAGCAUCGCGCUGGGCAAGGUUCGCUCGUUCAAGCACGACAACUGUCCCGUGGCUCGCGCUGCCAACAAACGCGCUAGCGUCUUCUCGGCCUUGCACCCCAAGUUCCUCGAAUCGCUUCCUCCGCUCAUCCGAAGCUUCUAUCCCUACGCUAAGCUCAAGCGGUGGGUCGUCAAGACGACGAUGGCGACAUGGAUCCGUGAGCUGAAGAUGAACGGUUUGUCUUUUGCGGCUUUCGAGAAGGUGCACAAGGCUGCGAUGACGCGCAUGUACUUGGAGGCCCAGCAACGGUACCUCCAUCAUCGCGUCUCGAUGAAGUGCGGCAUCCAGCAGCACUUCACCCCGGUCGUCGCACCCGUCGAGUUUGUGGACUUUGGCGACUGGCCUUGCCGCGGUAUCUCGGAAAAAUCGGCGCGCCACCAAUUCGACACAACUAUGAAGUGCUUGGAGCCGUUGAUUAUGGGCCACAUAUCGUCGCUGACGGGCGAGUUUUUUCGGAUGGACCACACGUUCCGCGUCGCCAAGUUUGGCAAGAAUGCCAACGGCGAGCCGCUGUACAGCUGCAUGGCAACAACCAUGAACGAGCACCAGGAGUACGAGAUCCAGAAGAUGCGACACCGUAUCGAGAGCAACGACAAGAAAUGCCGUGUCAUCUGGGUCGACAACCCGGGCAGCGAUACUGCAUUUCUUCGCCAAGCCUUUGGCAACGAUGUCGUUGUGCUCCGCGACAUAUUCCACGUCCUCCAAGACUACUUUGAAGCGUGCUACGACAAGCCAACACGACAGCAAUUCAUGGCGGACUUGUCGAGUGCGUUCUUUGUACUCAACAAGACCGACAUUGACCGCCUCAAGGCAACCGACCCAGAGAAGUACGGCGACAAGGAGGAUGCAUUCUUCCGGCACAACCCGCGCGUGCGCACGCACGUCGAAGACCGCAAGGCCAUCAAGAAGGCUCUCAAAGAGAUCUACUCGCGCUAUAUGACCACUACUGGCAUGUACAAGAAGUCAAUGGCUGCGGUCCACGAGUCGGUCCUGAAGCAACUCAAGAACGGCUGGCUCACGGACCCCGAGGGCGUCAACAUGCACAUCAACAUCGGCACAGAAGACGACCCGGUCUACGCUACGAUCCGCAGCACAAGUCAACUCGAAUCGUUCCACCACUACCUCCAAAAAGGCCUCCAUGGCUUCAUGUCUUCGCCCGAGCUCUUGCACUUUGUCCUCCUCGACACUGUUUUGCGUUGGAACCUGACCAAGGCCGCUUUAAUCAAAGGCGACAAGCUCUUGGCCACGUACGACAUCGACAUGCUCAACAACACCGUCGCUCUCUACUCGCAGCUUGGGAUGCUGCCGGACUUUCCCAAGCAGUCAAAGAAGCGAAGGCGGUCCGGAAGCGUUGUCGCGACGGUGAAGAACGUCGAUUUCUCGUCCAUGGCGGAGAUCUGGAACACCGUCAUCGGGAUGGCGCUGACCACCGACUCGGCCGUCGUGCAGUACAAAACCUUCACGUGGCCCGUCGACAAAUUUACGUACAAGGACGCAGAGAACUUGAAGGCGUAUGGUACUAAAGCCGUGCCGAAGGCGAUCGAGGCGGCGCAGUCAAAGGGCGAUACGCACGAGAAACGACAAGACUUCAACCAGCAAAGCAAAAACUUGUACAUCAACCACAACAUCCGGGCCUCCAGCACCAGCACCAACAGCUCCAGCACCAACAGCACCAACAGCUCCAGCACCAACAGCACAAGUGCGGGCAGCCUCCACGGCCUACCCAAUCUCGAGCGUCUUCGCCACCGCCGUCGAGCGCAGUCCAACGACGCGUUCUCGCGGCGCGCCGGUCGCGAAAAGAUGAUACGCCUUGCGCCGAGUGUGGGCUAAACCGACGGAAAUCCCACAGGUUCAACUCUGAAGGUUUUGCAGCCUGCCGUUUGGCCAUGGUGAACAAGUACAC